AUGACGUUUGUUUUUUUUUCUGUUGUUAGCGUGUGUGUAUCUGUCGCAGAAUUUGCAAUAUCUACAGCUCGUUUUAUUGAAGAAAAUGUGCAUUUAAUAUCUUUAUUAGUGUUAAUUUCCCCGUGUUGCUUAAUUGGUGAUACUAUUUAGGUGUAUAAGAACAUUUAAAGGCAAUAUGAAUGCUAUGGCCAUGGAUAAGGACGAGCCUUCGUCGCUCCUGAGUUUUUCGUCAAACAACCCAUUGGAACAGUUUGUGCUUUUAGCGAAGGGUGCUAAGGGUUCGGGUGCCGCUGAACUAAUUAAACAAGUGCUCGAAGCCCCAGGAGUGCACGUAUUUGGAGAGCUGUUGGAAGUACCGAACAUCUUAGAGCUUGAAAAUGGUCCAUACGCAACGCACUUCAACACACUCAACCUAUUCGCCUAUGGCACCUAUAAAGACUACCUAGACAACAAAUCAGACUACCUGGAGCUGACACCGGUGCAGUGCAAGAAGCUCCAACAUCUGACCAUCGCCACCCUCGCUACGCAGGAGAAGCUGAUUCCGUACAGUGUGUUGUUGAAAGAACUGGAUAUUAAGAAUGUUAGGGAUUUGGAGGAUCUUAUCAUUGAAGCUAUUUAUGCUGACAUCAUCCACGGCAAAUUAGACCAAGAAUGCAAACGCGUCGAAGUAGAUGUGGCGCUCGGGCGCGACGCCAGACUGGAAGACGCUUCCGCCAUUGCAGACGUACUCGCCGAUUGGUGUAACUCUUGCGAGGCCGUGCUCAGCUCCGUAGACCGCCAUAUUCAGCGAGCCAACCAUCACAAGCAGCGCGCUAUUAGACACCAGCAGACUAUUGAACAAGAGAUAAUGUUCCUCAAGAAGACCUUGAAGCCGCAGGCAGAGACAGAAGACUCUGCGUCAGGCGCGGGCUGCGACAACCACUCUGCACCCAAGAAGAGCUCCGGCAAGGGCAAGGUCCCCCGCAACGCGACCAAGUUCUGGCAGAAAAACACUUAGACUCUGCGAUAUCACUGGAGCAUUUUGCGUAGGACUGCUUGGUGCAGUCAUCAGAUACAUCAGAGCGGCCAAGAUGCUCAAAAAUACCUGAACAUGCACUUCAAUGUCUUCAUUAAUGGGCGUUUUCACUCUGUACCAAUAUUGCAAUAAUGGCUGGUUAGCAAUCAUCACAAAAGUGACGGUCAAUGUCAAAUAUACAUUUUGUCAGGAAAGUGACAGUUAGACGUGACUUAAGUGACCCUACACGAGCGCUUUUUCAACGCGCGUUAGCAAAGCGCUUGAAUCUGUCCGCACGCUAAAUUCGAUUUAAAGUUGAAAACCCAACAACUCUUGAUAAAAAGCGCUACCGCCAUCGUGUGAAUGUUUCCCACACAUGUUUCCAUUUAUGUCAUUCAAACGCUUUUAGAACGCGUUGAAAAAGCGCUCGUGAUUAUGAGGCCUUAAUAUAACUUUGUGGUUAACUGCGUCGUGGAUAUUAACCGGCCAAUUGUCUUCAUAAAGCACGUGCCUUCCUAAACCUUGACGUUGGUGGAAUCAUCGACAAUAUCGACGGAGCCAUAAUACCCCAAAAAAUUAAUUGAACUUAAGUAGCACUUUAAAAUGAAUAUAAUAAUGUCUUAAUAAAGGCUUUGUUCAGAUUUUUCUGAACACCUUGGCCGCACCGAUAUAUGUAAUAGCGACUGUACAAUUUUAACAGUAAAACUAUGGAUGGUAUAGAAAGGAUGCCAAUCUCUUAUGGCAGAAUUGUUGCAAAAGUGACCGCUUUCAGCUUUAAAUAAUAGUCCCUAAUCUCUCCGGUGGCGCUAGUUAGGCUCUGGGACAUGAGUAUAACAUGAACCAACAAAUAACCCGACCAAUUUACGUAUGUUGUUUUUGGUAGUAUUUCGGUGUAUGGUGGCGCCGCCUAAUUACUGUUUUUUGAUGGACACUUUUCAUACAUAGAUAUUUGGCUCCUUUAUAUAGUCUCCAUGAGUAAAACAAAACUCAUUGUACUGAGAUGACAGCUGUCAUAUGCACAGUGCUAGUAAGUAAGACUUAAUGCUCUUGUGAUAGGUAUAUCUGAAUAUUCUGAAUUAAUAAAGUUUUAGGUAUUUGCUCUCGUAA